GCUUCGGCCAUCAAAAGUAGCGAAUAGGAUACCAUACCUACCAAAUUGAACUAUGAACGGGGUCCGCCUCUGCGUCUCUACACCGCCUUCGUCCUCGGCAUCGACUUAGACUGAGCCCGAGGCUGACACGAAUUCACGGUGUGUUGGCCGCCUAACGGUCAGCCAGCCAACGAAUGUAUCGCGAAGCAAAUCUUUUUCGCCAAUAAUACGUACCUCUUUGUUGUGUAUCUGCUUUGCUCGCUGUCGGCAUCGAUACUGAAGGCGCUCCUGUUACACCAUAGGAUCGCAUCUGCACGUUCCAUCCACAAUCCUGUCCCAUCAAGCUGGGCUGCCGAGCUGUUGUAGCACAUCCUACGCACGGCUGACUGCAUGUACUUUCUCCCAAUGCCCGGAUUAACUGCACGGUUGAAGAGGUUGAGGGACAAGAACGACGCGUCGACCCCGGUACUUCGCGAGCCGCCUGGCGCAGCGACUCGAGGUAGCCGUCUCCACGUCAAGUGUAGCACAACCUCUCUGGGUAUUUCGCUACCUCUGGCUGUGACCGUAUCUUCCACCUUCGGGGUGGAAAAUCAAGUGUUCCUGCCACGUCAUUGCACGAUUCAGUCGCGUGACGAAGAAAUCAGCGAUGGGUCCGCUUUCGACUUUGACGUUGCAUACUUCUACGGCGAUUCGAAUCACACGGUCUCUACUACUCGCGACACCGACUCGUUCCGGAGCAGCCGGGCGAAAUUCGUGACCGAUCGAAGUGACAAACAAGUUCUAGUCCCCUUACUGGCUGCCCACUGGUGCAUACAAAGACGCGCGGAAGGUUUCAAGACACAAGGAUCUGAUCAAUCACCUGCUGCUACACCCAGACCACACCUCAUCACUUUACAAGACGCUUUGGCGAGGGACGACAUCAGACGUCGCGACGAAGGAUUCGAACUCGCUUUGGAGAUGCAGACACCCCGAUACCGAUGUGCCACACCGUUCACGCCAUGCGUCCCGGGCCAUGGUGAAAUCACUGGGUUACCGACACGAGAGGGCGGCCCCCGUUUGUCUUCGGACAUCCCGACAAUUCCGUCCGCAUACUCGUCGGGGAGCUGGGAGGAGAAGCUCCCCAUCAUCUCGGAUACCAUAUCCUCGCCGAUUGAUGCGCAAGGCCUAGUCAUUGGUGGUGAGGCGGAAGCAUCCGAUACGGAAGGAAUUUUGGACGACCAUUCGAGCAGCUCCAUCGACGAGACAAGCUUCAUGCGUAUGGCUGCGCCUUUGGGAUGGUGACCUGUCUCUGGUGUAUUGCUCUCGUGCCUUGCCAUUGUUGUGUCCUGUG